GGAGGAGGAGGAGGAGGAGGAGGAGGAGGAGGGAGUAGUUUGGUUUGUGGAGUCACAGACGGGAACUCCAACGGUUAGACACGAAGUGAGGGAGAAUGGAAACCAGCUAACCGUCCUCCUCACAUCUGCACUCACAGCCAUGUUUGCGUUCAAAACGUUUGCCUGAGGCAGGGUUGGGACAAUAAUGAUGCCGUUGUUGUCGGUUUAAUGCUAGUGUGUGAAGUUUAAAAAGAGCCUAGGGAGACGUUGGGAGAAAACCGGUUUACCCUGGUACCCUACCGCCGCUUUUUGUCGGUGAAUGGUGGGGUGUUUUUCCUGUUUGACAGAGCAGAUUGUCAAGGAGAAGUUACAACUGCCGAACAGCCAGGCUCAGCGACCUGCUCAGAUGGACUUGAGAUAACGUCACCAGAAGUUUCACCCUUGUCCCGAACUCCAGCCUCCCGCAAUCACCCAUAAUGGCAGACCUCAGCGGGCUGAGCACCGAGGGGGCCGGGACAGGCUCGGUCGAGGUCGACGCCUGCAGUUUGGAGAUAGAGAGGAAGUAUGAUGUCAUCCCUGCCGUCAUAUGCUCCAUGUGUUGCCUGUUCGGCAUCAUCUACUGCUUCUUUGGUUACCGCUGUUUCAAGGCGGUCAUGUUCCUGUCUGGUCUGAUGUUCGGCUCCGUCGUCAUCUUCUUGCUGUGCCACAAGGAGCACGUGUUGGACACGCAGCUGAGCGUAGAGGCCAGCGCCGGGAUUGGCCUCGGCAUCGGCCUGCUGUGCGGCCUGGUCACUAUGCUGGUGCGAAGCGUCGGCCUCUUCAUGACCGGCCUGCUUCUGGGCCUCCUAUUGGCUCUCGCCGCCCUACUGGUCACUCACCAGUUCUACACUCCAACCACAGUCUGGGUCCCACUGGGUUCCCUUCUGGGGGCGGGCAUGCUGUUUGCUGUGCUGACACUGCAGUGGCAGAAGCUCUUCACCAUGAUCUCCACGGCGGUGUUCGGGGCAGCCAUCAUGACAGUGUGUGCUGAUUACUUUGUGGAGAUGCUGGUGUUGGCUAAUCACGUGUACGAAUGCUUGCGCCUUACAACCGGGCCACCUCUGUGCUGGUACAGCUGGGUCAUUCUGGGCAUCUGGCCCGCCCUCAGCCUCAUAGGAGUACUGGUCCAGUGGAAAUUGACAGAUGACAGCUUCUCGCACACUGACGUGGUUAUCAGUCGGAGACAGAAGAGAGUCCAGCUGAUGCGGAUUCGAGAGAAGGACGCCAAGAAGCGACAGCAGGCAGGUGGGCAGGAAGGCACGUACCGCCGUAAACCCACCCCAGUGAAACGUUACGCUGGGGAUCUACUGGCACCGAGCUACCUGCAAAGUCUGCGGGACAGACAGAUGGGCACCGGCACUUCCCUUAGCAGCAUCGGCACUUCCAACCACACCAUGAUUGACUUUGACUACGACACCGGGUCCACCGCGCCCCUCACAGCUACAACCCCAGUCGUCAGGGUCUGAGCCAAACAGAGAAAAGAAGGGACUACUUAAAGCUCUGCGGUUCUCUAACUGUGUCUUCCUAACCUACAAACGGCUCCCCUCGUGCUCUUAAAUGGAUUUGGAACUAGGAUGUGCGUCUGUUCUGUCAAAGAGAAUGCUGCUUUUUGGGGAGAAGUGAGAGGUGUUUGAUGAAAGCUAUAAUAUAACCACUGUGUUUCUCAGAGAAACACUUAAACACAGACACUAACAAAGUAGGGUCCUCCAUUUCCUUUUAUCGUGUAUUAAAUACAUAAACAGCAAGUACGAGCCUCGUAUGUUAUUCUGUUUUGGUAGUGAAUAAUACAAAACAAUAUGUUUGGCGUUACAUGUACUGUUCUUAAAAAGUUAGUCAUUGCCCUGAAGUGUUGUGUUAUUACCUGUCUAACUGUGUGCUUGUAGAAGUUGUGAAAGUUUAUCAUUAAAAUGUGUAUUUUUUAGAGUUUUUUAAAGAGAAUGAAAUAUGACAUGCAAAUGGAUACAUGAGUAUGACCUGGAGUGUAGCAAAAGCUGAAAGGUGCAAAUAAAUAACAGUUUGUAUUUUCUGUCAGAAUACAGUAGGUGAAUAAUUUAGACUGUAUGUAUGUUUGUGGAGUAAACGUUUUAUAAUUUAAUUUAUGUAAAGACCAAGUAAGGUUAGAAAAGGACAAAAAACAAAGCAUGUUUGUUGUUAAUUUGUAGAUUUUUAAAUAAUUAUCCAUUGUGUUGUUUGAAUUCUGAAGGGACAAUGCACUUGUUACCUGAAUCUGUACAUACCUGUUGAUAGAAAUAAAUAAAUGUGUUUGAUACAAAA